AUUGCGCUGCGAAUACGCGCUUUGAAGAUUCAGUGUCUAUAACAACUGUUGACACCUAAACCUGUCGCUCACUGGAUUUGAUUUCAUCUAUGAUUCAGAAAACAUGUCUACAGAUGUCAAUUUAGCACACUGACUACAAAAUCUAAUAACACUCGCGGGCAUUCAUGUGUUUAAUCCACAAUCCAUCGAGACCAGCAAGAGAUUCUGAGAACGACGCGCGCGGACUGACAACAAGCGUUACUGAGUUUAAAAUACUGAUAAAUUCUCUUCUUAGUGGACAAGACUGCAAGCUUCAAUAUGAGACAUUAGACUCAGACCUUCAGACUCACAGGAACCACGAGAAUUUCAAAGACAAUCUUCUUGGGAUCUUCCAGGAUCUUGAGAGCAAAAUAAUCACAUUUCUGAAGAAUGAACUGGAGAAGUUAAAGAAAAUAUUACAACAUGAGAACACACAACACUUUGUGAAGGACUUUAAUGAGAACAGAUCCAGUAUCAAAUCAGCAGCUCUUGAUCUCACACUACAUUACCUGAGAGAGAUGAAGCAAGAUGAAGCUGCUGAUGCUCUAGAAGGUGAGCUGGUCUUCAUUCAUCAGCUGAAAUGUGGCCUAAAGAAGAAAUAUCAAUGUGUGUUUGAAGGAAUGGCGAAGCAAGGUGACUCCACACUCCUGAAUAACAUCUACACAGAUCUCUACAUCACUCAGGGUGGCAGUGAACAGGUCAAUACUGAACAUGAGGUCAGACAGAUUGAAGUUGCUUCCAGACGUCAUGAAGCACAAGAGAUACAGGUUAAAUGCACACAUUUGUUUGAAGCGCCUGAACAAGACGAGGAGAUCCGAACUGUACUGACAAAAGGAGUCGCUGGCAUCGGGAAAUCAGUCUCUGUGCAAAAGUUUGUUCUGGACUGGGCUGAAGGAAAAGAAAAUCAAGAUAUCAGCUUCAUAUUUCCUCUUCCAUUCAGAGAGAUGAACUUAAAGGAGAAAGAAAAACUAAGUUUGAUGGACCUUAUAACUCAGUUUUUCCCAGAGACAAAAGGACUGAACCUUACAAGAAAGAAUCAGUUCAAAGUGCUGUUCAUCCUUGAUGGACUGGACGAAUGUCGCCUUCCUCUGAAGUUUGAUUGUAAUGAGACGUGGCGUGAUGUAUCGUCACCAGCCUCUCUGGAUGUUCUCCUAACGAACCUCAUGAAGGGAAAUCUGCUUCCUUCUGCUCUCGUCUGGAUCACCAGCAGACCAGCAGCUGCCAGUAAGAUUCCUCCUGACUGUAUCGACCGGCUGACAGAGAUACGAGGAUUCAGCGACGCACAAAAGCAAGAGUACUUCAAAAAAAGAUUCAAGGAUGAUGUUCAAGCCAACACAAUCAUUGAUCAUGUUAAACAAUCAAAGAGUCUUUUUAUCAUGUGCCACAUCCCAGUCUUCUGCUGGAUUUCAGCCACUGUUCUCCAGAACAUUCUGGUGGAGAAGAGAAAUAAUGAUGUGAGAAACACUCAGGCUGAUGAGAUCUCUAAAACACUGCAGGAAUCAAACACUGAAGACACUCCCAAGACUCUGACACAAAUGUACACACACUUUCUCCGCUUUCAGAUCCAGCAGAGCCGCCGGAAAUAUGAUGGAGAAUACACACCAGAUGUUUCCUGGGAUAAAGACGCCAUCCUUUCACUGGGGAAACUGGCAUUUCAACAGCUGGAAAGAAACAACCUGAUCUUCUAUGACACAGACCUGGAAGCCUGUGGUCUUGACGUCUAUAAGGCAUCAGUGUACUCAGGCAUGUGUACCCAGAUCUUUAAGGAGGAAACAGGGAUCGUUCUUGGUACUAUGUACUGCUUUGUUCACUUGAGCAUUCAAGAGUUUAUUGCAGCCCUUUAUGCACAUCUGUUUCUAGACAUCAACAAGAGAAGUGUGUUUGAUCAUGAGUCUACAGAACAGGAAAACAGAAAUGAAACCAUGAUUGAUUUUCUCAAGACUGCAGUGGACAAGGCGCUGGAGAGUGACAAUGGACACCUGGACCUUUUCCUUCGCUUCGUCCUCGGUCUGUCACUUCAGUCCAAUCGACGACUCUUACGAGGUCUGUUGACACAGCGAGACGGCACUGACCAGAGCAACGAGGGGACAGUUCGACGACUCUUACGAGGUCGGUUGACAAAGAGAGACGACACUGACCAGAGGAACAAGGAGAUAGUUCAGUACAUCAAGCAGAAAUUAGAAGCUAAUCUUCCUGCAGAGAGAUCCAUCAAUCUGUUCUACUGUCUGAAUGAACUGAACGACCAAACUCUGGUGAAUGAGAUUCAGACCCACCUUAGCAAAGGAAGUCUCUCAUCUGGUGACCUUUCACCUGCCCAGUGGUCUGCUUUGGCCUUUGUGUUGUUGACAUCAGAGGAAGAGCUGGAGGAGUUUGAGCUUCAGAAAUUCAAGAAAUCAGACGAGUGUCUCAUCAGAUUAUCGGCAGUCAUCAAAACAUCCAGAAGAGCUCUGUUAAAUGAUUGUAACUUAACAGACAAAAGCUGUUCAUCUCUGGCUGCAGUUCUUGGAUCAGAUACCAAUCUGAAAGAGCUGAACAUGAACAAUAAUAAACUGCAGGAUUCAGGAGUGAAGCUGCUCUGCACUGGACUGAAGAAUAUAAAGUGUAAAUUGGAGAUACUGAGUCUGAGUUAUUGCAGUAUUACAGAGAAACAGAGUCUCAUCCUGACUUCAGCUCUGAAAUCAAACCCGUCACACCUGAGAGAGCUGGACCUGAGCGAGAAUAAUCUAGGAAACACAGGAGUGAAGCACUUAUGUGCCGUACUGAAGGAUUCACACUGUAAACUGGAGAGAUUGAGGUUAAGAUGCUGUGAUAUGACAGAUGAAGGUUGUUCUGAUGUGACUUCAGCUCUGAAAUCAAACCCGUCACACCUGAGAGAGCUGGACCUGAGCGGGAAUAAACUAGGAGACUCUGGAGUGAAAAACCUCAGUGAUCUACUGAUGAACCCACAAUUCAAGCUGGAGAAACUACAGUUAGUGUCAUUAUACUGUACAGCAAUUACAGCAGUGGCGGGCCGUGCAUUUCACACCUAGGCCAUCUGUCCUACCUGAAUUAAUAACUUUUAAUAGUGUAUCAGCGCAAAGACUCUCUAUAAUUGUUUUUAUUUUGCACCGGCAGUUAUUGGGUUAUGCGGUGAGUUCGGGAGAGGCCGGUAGAGAGAAACGAGCGCGUGAGUUCGGCUGGUGCGUUUGUAAAGUGGUUCUUGCGUUAC